AUGCAGCUUGGAGAAGCUCUUAAAAGCGCGCAGGAAGUGGAAGUGGAGCUCUUAGGACAGGCCAAGUGCUCUCGUGCUGAGCUGCAGAGACUGCAGGUCGAGAUGGAGCACGCAGAGGACCAGGGCCCUGCUGUGGAGCCUGACACUGAGGUCAUCAAACUGAGACAAGACAUUCUUCAAGCAUACAGCCAUGUAAAAGCAACUGAGGAGAGAGAUUACCGCACCCAACGCGAUCUGCAGUGGCUUCUGGAAGAGAAGCGGAGUUUGCAGCGAGAGAGCCAGUUCCAGUCCAAACCCACUGCUGACAAAGCACAACUCAUCGGCGUACCUGACCAGAUUGGUAAAGAGAUGGAAAGAAAACAUGCCAAGAAAGAAGCAGCACUGCAAGAGAUGGAGUCUAUAAAUGCAGAAGUAUCAGUAAUGGGGCAGCGAGUGAAAGAGGUACACGAGCACAACUCCUCCCUUUUGUUUGAGAAAAAGGGGGUGCUGAGAGAACACGAGCUUGUCCGGGCUCAAGUAGAAGUCAGUCAAAAGAAGUACAGACAGCAGCUAAAAGAGCAAGAAGUCCUGAGGGAGGAGCUGAUGGAGAUCACUGGAAACAGAGGAAUCUUGGAAAUGAAACUCCAAACUAUAAUGUCUGAGAGAAAGCAACUAUACAAACGCCAAUCUGCUCAGCAAAGAGAAAUAAACAGGCAGGCGCAGUAUCUCAAGAGGAUGGAGCAUGGACUGGCCAUAGCUACUGAACAGCUCAAACACCCACAAUCAAUCUACAAUGAGCUCAAGGCGCAGCUGGAUGCGGUGUCAAAGAGAGAGCCUUGUAUUCAACAGCGGAUGGAUCUUCAGACAGAAGUUGAUGCUCUGAACGUCAGCUUUGAAAAACAGUUGUUGAUUACCAACUUUCCACAGCAAUUAGCCAGCAAAGAGGAGAGCCACAAGAGGCAGCAGUACGCGGCCAUAGAAGAUCUGCUGCGGGAAUCAAACGGCCUGAGAGAGGAGCUGCACAACCUAAGAUGUCUGACCCAGAUUAAAGCAGAGGAGCGGGGCCAGAAGCACAGGGAGAUGCUCCGGGCUCAGAACAUGAAGCACCAGAUCGAGCAGGAACUGAAAGAGAAAGAGCUUAUCCUGACAGACCACAAAAAGCUCAACGCUCUUCUGCAGCACAGAAUUUCACAGUACAGAAAAUGGUGUGAUGUGAUUUUGGAGGAGAGAAAUAAGUACAUCAGACUGAAGCAGACAGCUUCCCAAACAAUCGCAGAGUUGAAGGAGCAGUUCAAAGUCCUGGAAAAUGAAACAGAAAUACAACGCACAAUCGACAUAAGCAAAGACAGAUUAGUCACAAAAGCACGCAUGAAAAUCUCCCACAGCUGCAAAGCGAGAGACAAGUUACGCAACGAUAUCUCCAAGAUUGCCUGGAACUUCCGGCAAAUUAAUCAGGAGUUUGACGACUGCAAACAGGAAUUGGAGACACUGACGCAAUCCAUCACCCACAAGGAAAAGGCUCUUCUGGAGCUGAAGAGGAGGCACAAAAUGGCCGUGCAACGCCGUAAUUUAUUGGGCAUUGAGCUUCUGGAGCAUGACGAGGUGCUGCUGGGCUACUAUGAAAAGGUUAAUGUGCAGGAAGCGGACAUUAACAAAGGGAAUAUGGCCAUUGAGAGUCUGGAGAAAGACAUGACGGACUUGGAGCUCGAAAUGAAGGAGGAAAAACGUUUAGUGGAGCUGAGAUUGAAGGAGGUGCCUCUGGGGAAACAGCUGGAGGAGGAGAUUACCAUGCUACAGAUACAGUUGGUCAACACGUCCAUUCAUCAGAUCCUACACAGCAGGUGUGGGAUCCCAAGGAAGUUGAAUGAGAUGCGAGCCAAUAUCGUCGACACAAGCCACAAACUGAUGGCGACUUCAGCUCACCUGGCCUCGAGACAGGCUCUGGUUUUGAUUCUGCAGCAGGACAUCAAGGACAAAGAACUGCAGAGGACAGAUCCAGGAGGCGGCGGAGCAGACCUUCCUCCUGUCCCGAGAGGAGGAAGAGAGUGGCGGAGGAUGCUGCUGGACAAGAGGAAAGAUAGGCAGAGGGACAGGCAGGGAGAGAGUGAGGGUAAGUACAUAUGA